AUGAGCGGGGCGGGGCCUCGGUGGAGUGGGUGGGGCCGGGGCGCUUUGGCCGAAUACCCCAGGGCCAGAGCUGGGCCAGAGCUGGCCCCGGCCGAGCGCGGCUCGCCUCCCUCUCAGCGAUCAUCCGUCCGGAGUGCGGCCAGCCGGCAUGCCAGAUCCACCAGGGGCGCCACCGCCGGCGCUCGCAGGCCGCGGGUGAAGAAAGUGCGGCCUCGCUCGGCCCGGAGCGAAGAGGUGGCCCGGAGCGAAGAGGUGGCCCGAAGCGAAGAGGUGUCCCAGAGCGAAGAAGUGGCCCGGAGCGAAGAGGUGGCCCGGAACGAAGAGGUGGCCCAGAGCGAGGAAAUGGCGGCAGCCGGACUCAGCGUGACCAUCACCCACAGCAAUGAGAAGCACGAUCUUCAUGUUACCCCGCAACAGGGCUGUAGCGAGCCAAUUGUCCAAGACCUGGCCCAGGUUGUUGAAGAGGCCACAGGAGUCCCACUGCCUUUUCAGAAACUUAUAUUUAAGGGAAAAUCUCUGAAGGAAAUGGAGAAGCCAUUGUCAGCACUCGGAAUACAAAAUGGUUGCCGAGUCAUGUUAAUUGGGAAGAAGAACAGUCCGGAGGAAGAGAUUGAACUAAAGAAGUUGAAAGAUUUGGAGAAGUCUGUGGAGAAGAUAGCUGCCCACCUGGAAGAGUUGAAUAAAGAGCUUACUGGAAUCCAACAGGGCUUCCUGGCCAAGGAUUUGCAAGCUGAAGCUCUCUGCAAACUCGAUAGGAGAGUAAAAGCCACAAUCGAGCAAUUUAUGAAGAUCUUGGAAGAGAUUGACACACUGAUUCUGCCGGAAAAUUUCAAAGACAGUAGACUAAAAAGGAAGGGUUUGGUGAAAAGGAUUCAGGCAUUCCUAGCGGAGUGUGACACGGUGGAGCAGAACAUCUGCCAGGAGACAGAGCGGCUACAGUGUACAAACUUGGCCCUGGCCGAGUGAGGUGAGGCAGAGAGAGGCGGGGCUGCCCUGAAGAACAGCGCCAACCAGCUCUGCCCCCUCCAGGAUAGAAGUGACCUGAUUUCUCCAGGGCUGCUGGGGACAGUUGGCCACUUGCCAGUUUUCCUGCACUUACCCCUGUUCUCAGUGAACAAGUAUUGUCUGCAGUCCGAAGUA